AUGUCGACUUCGCAGACCUUCACCAGCGACCUCCGCAGCGACGCCAAGGAGUUCAACCGCGACAAGAACAGCAGGGCGAAGUGGGCGAACGGACAGUCGUUUGGCCCUGGCCGGCGACAGGAAGACGGCAAGCCCCGCCCUGCUAAGCUGUACCCGCAUAUCAAGGCAUCGUAUCCCGGCCCCAUGAAGGCUCGCACCGCUUUCAACAAGGACAUGGCUUCUGCUAGUGACGAGUCGUCCGCCGAUGAGGACGUUGACCAUCCUUCCGCUGCUCCUGCCCCAGAUGCCGAGGUCGCCUACUCAUUCGAUGCCCAUCGCGGUCCCAGCCAUGGCAGCCAGAUCCUAAACCAUGCACUCGACAAGGCUGUGGAGAGGUUUGAAACCAAGGAGACAGAGAAGCUGGUGAAGAACGAGUAUGAGGUGCUCGACUUGUACGACGAGGCCCCGCGCCCAAAGCGCCAUGUCGCCCCCGAGGAUGACGAGUACGAGUUUGUCGACGCGUGA